ACAUUGACGAGUGCCUCUCAAGCCCUUGUCUGAAUGGAGCCACCUGCGUGGAUGCCAUCGACUCUUUCACAUGCUUAUGCCUUCCCAGCUACCAAGGGGACCUGUGUGAGAUCGACCAGAAGCUGUGUGAGAAGGGCUGGACCAAGUUCCAGGGCCACUGUUACCGCCACUUCCCCGACCGGGCGACCUGGGUGGACGCCGAGGGCCAGUGCCGGAAGCAGCAGUCACACCUGAGCAGCAUCGUCACCCCUGAGGAGCAGGAAUUUGUCAACAACAAUGCUCAGGACUAUCAGUGGAUCGGCCUGAAUGACAAGACCAUCGAAGGAGACUUCCGCUGGUCAGAUGGACACUCCUUGCAAUUUGAGAACUGGCGCCCCAACCAGCCUGACAACUUCUUUGCCACUGGGGAGGACUGCGUGGUGAUGAUCUGGCAUGAGAAGGGCGAGUGGAAUGACGUUCCCUGCAAUUACCAGCUGCCCUUCACGUGUAAAAAGGGCACAGUGGCCUGCGGAGAGCCCCCCGUGGUGGAGCACGCCAGGAUCUUCGGGCAGAAGGACCGGUACGAGAUCAAUUCCCUGGUGCGGUACCAGUGCACCAAGGGCUUUGUCCAGCGCCAUGUGCCCACCAUCCGGUGCCAGCCCAGCGGGCACUGGGAGGACCCUCGGAUCACCUGCACAGACCCCUCUACCUACAAGCGCAGACUACAGAAGCGGAGCUCACGGCCCCUGCGGAGGAGCCGCCCCAGCACGGCCCACUGAGAGGAGCUUCCAGGAUGUGCCCAGGAUGCUGAGCCCAGGAGCCUUGCCAGGCUGACAUCCCACAGGGAUGGUGUCCUCUCCUUGUCGCUUUCUGUCAUAUAAGGAAUUC